AUGGCACCUCACCUGCAAAGUGAGAGCAGUGCAGGUCUGAUUCCGAGUCUUAGCCCGGUGGCUAGUGCAGCUCUUCAAGCCUUCCAGAGAGAACAUACAGAUGAAUUUCGACACCACAACUGUCUUCUGCUCCGACUCAUACCCUUUCUCACGGAUGAGUUCGACAUCGACAUCGACCCCGACUCUCUACCUGACUGUGAAGAAAAUGAAAGCGUGAAUGAGGAGACUGUCCGACACUCAAUAGUGGUCAGGCUGUUAAACGAGUUCUGGGAUGUGCACUGCGACAUUGAUCCUAACACAGAGAAAGUCAGUGACAUUGUGGACUACCAGUUUCUCGUGAAGCUCUUCUACUGGCAUCUGAACAGGCAAACGAGACUUCCGUCGAACCUUACCAGACCGGAGGGUGUUGAGACCCGUGCAGAAAGAGCUGAACAACGCCGCAGACUAUUCGAUAUGAGCCUCCGCUCCCUGUUAAAAAGACAGAGAGAAACAAUACAGCAGCAAACUUCAAAGAAGAAUCACAACGCCAAGACCAAAGGUAGCAGUCUGGUAAAGAAAGUGGCGGGCGUAAGACAUGGAGAUUUACACGAUGUAGAUCAAGACGAACCAGCGAACCAACCGCUCUCUCCAGAAUUCGAGAGCAUGCAGAAUAAUAUAGAGACAGUGGUCUCGGAACCCAUGGGCAUCUCGAUCGUCCUCAGCAACCUUGGUUCUAUUGACCGACUGAGCAUCUUGGACACGAUUAUAGACAAGGUGAUGAGUAAAUACGAAGGCCGCUAUGGUAUGUUCUUGAAGUCUGAUUCCGGAAGGAGCCUAAAGGCUGUCCUCGAAGGAAAUCUCAAUCAGAAAGUCAAAUCACUCUGCGAGGCUGGGACGUUUGAAUUGGACAGGUUGCUCCAAAUUGGUAAUAUGGGAGAGCAGCCAAACGAGUCGGGUGUUUAUAUGCACAUUCUUUACAGAAGAAGCAAUCCAGGGCGUUUCUGGCUGUACGUGGGUCAGGCAUUCAAACUGCACGAGAGGAUAUCCAGUCACAACGAUCCUGCGCAUAGACAGGCUCAGCCCAGUUUGCACUACCAUGUCUGGGAGUCUGCCGAAGACAUGGUGUCCGAAUUUGUCACGCUUGCAGUGCACAAGAUCACCUCGUCCCGAGAUGACCAAUUCAUCCUCAACUUCCAGGAAAUGUGGAUGGCUUGCGUAUUUCAAACAAUGACAGCAAAACACUUGGAAGAAUACCUUCCUGAAAGUAUCAACAAGGCAUGGUCUGGCAGGCAUCUGAAUGUCGCGCCUCCAAUAUGGCAAGGAUUUGGAGAUUUGGCUGCCUGGAAAGAAGCCAUUGGAGGAACAGAGGCUUUCAAAGAUUUUCUCAACUCUCCUGAUUCCGCCAUCAGAGGCUGGGCGUGGGAUCUUCGACAUGCCUUUAAUGAUCUCCGGAACUCGCCAGAUCCAAUCCAUCGAGCCUACUACUUUGAUGUUAUGCUUCGAAACCGCAAAUUGGCAGAAGAGGUUUGCGAGAAGAGAAAAAUAGAGAACUUGCAGCGAAUAUUGUCUCAAGGAAUGACGAGAACCAUCUUUGGUGGAGACGAUACGCAGAAGGCUCAUCUCAUCAGCUGCAGUGGCUUUGCAUUUACUAUCUCCAGACAAUUGCGGUUGGGAGUGCGAGUCGGGGACCUAGUGAGGCUACGGUUUCAUCUCACAGCAACACCGAAUCCCCAGAAGUAUGCAACUAAAGCUUCACAGACUGAUCCGGCCAGUAGAUUGGCAGUGUCAAUCGAGGGGGGAGGAACUCACGGUGAUUACCAUGUCUGGCUCAGAAACCCCGGUGACAAAGUCGUCAGUAGGAUGAACGCAUUGGUCGAUGCUUUGGAAGGGGUGCCUUUGACGGAAUCCAAGGAAAUGGCUCGACGGUGGUAUGUAACAAGACGACAGGGGACGUCCAAGAAGGAUGUUAUAUACACAGUCAGCGACGAUGAAUCGUAG